AGUUAAACUAAGUUAAGUGUGUAUAUUACCUUGACUCAAAAUGAAAAUUAAGUUACUUGCAUAGGCCUAGUGCUACUGCUACAAGUUGGACAAGACAUUUUAUAAUAGCACGUAACUUCCUAUUCCAAGUUCUUAAAAACGAUACCCAUAAGUUAUUUUAAGUGUAUUUAAGUUACUUUUAAGCUGGUCCUAACCAUAGGUUAAAAUAAAUCCUUUUUAGGUACUGAAAUGAUAUGAAGUCAGAAGUUAAAAUUAGGCUACCGUAAGCUUAAAGUUGGGUCAAUUCCAUUCUCCGAACUAACCAAUAACUUAUGUAGGGCUCCUAAGUUAAGUUAUUGUAAGCCUUGGCCUAGGCUUAGCUUGGAAAUUAAAUAUCAUUAAUAUUUUGGGGCCUAGGCCUACAUGUUAUUUUAUCCUAAUGGGUUCCUUUAAAAACUAUUCUAAUACUCACCCUAAGUUAACUGCUUAAUACUGGCAAUCUAAGACUGUGCAAUAAAUGAUCUAAAUUGAAAUUAGGCCUAGCCUAAGGACCUUUUGCUGGCUGCUUGAAAAAACCCCCUGUAAGUUAGGCCUAUCACAACGUAGGGCCUAGGCCUAACUUAUUUUAGGCAGAGGAUAUGCGUCUGGUAACCGAACUUGGAUUAGGUGUCUGGCAGUUGCUGUCAUAGCCUAACCUAGCUAAACAAACUUGCUGAUAAUGAAAAAAUCGAUUAACGGUUAAGUUCUGUUCAUAAAAUAAAAUGAUAAAUUAAGUUAGGCCUAUUUUAAGUUUACCUAAAUUUCUAAGCAAAAUCUUUGAUAAAAAUAAUGUCACCAAUGGGAUUUGAUCUAGAUAACUUAAGUUACCUCUUGUAGGCUACAUCAGCCGUACACUAUCCAUUACACCACGAACACUGAUGGCUAACUUAAACAUCGUAUUGUUGUGGUAAUGGUGUCACGGGCCCCCACAUUCUGGUGACGUCACUGCCGGGAACCUAUCUUAAUGCACGUUUGGUUACGUUCGGAUCCUCUGCGUAGGCAUAUAUUUUAAGCCUAGGCUCAUAACAAAAAGUCUGCGUUAAGCUAUUUUAGAAGACAGAUUUGCGGUAACUUAGGCCUGGGAUGCUAAAUUAAGUAACAGGAAGAAUUGGUAGGCCUAGGCCUAACUUACCGGUACUGUAGCCUAUGGUCUUGUUAAAAAAAAAAUCGCUUAACUUAGGGCCUAAGUUAAGUUAACAUGUAGGCCUACCUUGGUAGUUAAGAUUUUAUAUUUUGCCUAAUUACCUGACCUUACUUAGGCUUAGAAGUCAAUUGCAGUUCAAUAAGUUAAGUUAGGGUAGGUAACUUUUUAUUUAUUUAUUUAUUUUCCAAUAAUCACAUAACAUCAUAUUCAGACAGGUGAUUUGUCAUUGUUACAAUAAUUUAUAGUCUCUAUACUAAAACUAUUACUAAAAUAAAUUUCAUAUGCCUUAACAUCUACACAGCUUCCAUCUUAUUCCUCCAAUGAGAAGAAGGCCUUCUCCAAAAGAAAGUUUUAAAUCUAGUGUUAUGAGGAUGUUCAUGUUGAUCUUCCAUGAAUGUGUCAAAAUCACUUUUAACCAUUAAAGCCAGUUUAAAGAUAUAAGAACUAUACAAAGUAAGAAUUUUAAACUGAAUGAAAAACUCUUUAGGUACUGUGAGUUAUUCGAGACACUUUGGCUAAGACUCUAACUGCUCUUUUCUGGAGGAUCAAAAUUUGUUCGGCAUGACUAGAAGAACCCCAUACUGUUAAACCGUAAUUCAUGAUGGAAGAAAAAUAAGCGUGAUAUACUGCUAAUUGUGUGUCUAAAUUUGUAGUAGGCCUAUGUCGAAUUACCCGAAGAACAAGUAUAGCUGAUCUGAGUCUCUUUGAUAGAUUCUUAAUGUUUGUUUGCAUAUUAAGUUGCCAAUCUAUAUCAAUUCCCAGGUAAUUGACCGAGUUUUGAGAAUAUAUUGAUGUUUGGUUCAAAUUUACAGCAAUGUCUAUUUUUGAAUGCCUGAGGAAAGACUUAGGGCUGCCUCAAGUUAAGUUAGGCUAGGCCUACCGGUAACUUAACUUACCUUAUAUAUAUUUAUAUGUGUGUCCGUUACCACGAUAACUUGAUCAAAAAUCAUCUGAUUUUGAUGGAAUUUGGUACAAAUGUGUAAACCUACGUUUAUUCGAACGAGUUCGCGAACCAGCAUGAUCGGACUAUUGGAACAGGGGUCUAUGGGGGGUUUUAUGGGGUAAAAAUUGGUUUUUCCCAUUUCUGACCCUAAAAGCUUAAAAUUUAGCAAUUUCUUUCCAAACCAUUUUGUAGAGCUUAAAAAAACAAACAAUUUAGUAGGCCUAUAUUGAAGCGUUAUUAUGCGCCUAGAAUGGUUACAGAGAAAAUUUCAAAAAACUAUAAAUUUAAAAUUCCCAUGUUAUUCUUACGGAGAAUAAAUAAACUGAUGUAUGUAGUUUGCUUGUUUAUGAACAUAUUUUGAUCAAAUUUGGAAAACGCAUUCAUUUCAUACUAAACUAUUAACAUUUUACAAAAAAAAAAACCUUUUUACUCUCCCUGUUGCAGCAAACCUAAGUACUCAUUAAACUAAUGCUAUUUAGAUAGGGAAUAAAUCGGAUAUUUUAAAGGAGACAUUUUAGUGUAAAUAAAUCCAAUCAGGCAAAUGGGAAUUCGCUUAGGCUAGUCUGCAGGUUUGCUGCGUGGGGGGGGGGGUAUUGUAAGUUAGCUGCUGUAGUUUAUAAAAACAGCUAAUAGGCCUACACAGGCUUUUUUAUCGUCAUAAUUUGAUUUGCUUUGUGGGCCUAAACACAAAUAGAUAAGUUUAAGUUAAAAUUGGUUACUAAAUCAAUAAAAUUUCAUUUUAUUGAUUUAGUCACAAGAUCAGCUCAGGGGCUAAAAAAUAUGGAUUUUAAAAUUGGUUAGAUUGGACUAAACGUUUUCUUAGCGAAUUUCCCAUAACUUAACUAAUAGUUACAAGCUGUAGAGCUAAAAAAAUAUAUAAUUUUUUAUAUUCACGCGUUGUUGUAUAUCUAACGUUUAGACGGAGAUAACUUAAUUUAAAAAAUUUUAGGCCUACUGUAAAUUAAAAUUUCCAAUUUUAUUCUUAAAUAUAGAGAAUAAGUUAAGUAAACUCUUGUUGUUUGCUUGUUUAUGGAUAUAUUUGAUCAAAUUUGGAAAUUUUGGUUAUUCAUACUAAGCUAUCAACAUUUCAAUUAACAGCCCUCAAUACCUUCCCUGUGGCAGCAAACCUAAGUAAUACUCAUUAAAAUACUUGUUAUUUAAAUAGGAAAUGAAUCUGACAAUUUUAAGGGGUCGUUUUAGUAGAAAACGAGCCAGAUAAAUGGAAAUUCUUAGUCUGCAUGUUUGCUGGGGCGGGGUAUUAAGAAUGGUUAUAUAUUUAAGUUCGGUUAUUAGGUAAGCUUACCUAUAUCAGUGUUAUAUGUUUUCAAACAGAAUCUGCACGGGAAAGAAGCUACAAUCAAUCGUCAGGAAACAAAUUUUACCACUUCGUCUACAACCGACCCAGUUCCAAACAGCUCAUAUACAUCUCACAAAAUGUCUCAGAAUCUCGGCCAUGUCGCGCAUCUUCAGAUCUUUCAGCAAUAUGAUGAACAAUUGUCCCAUUAUCUUGAGCAUGAGCAUCAACGAAUCGUUGGCUCAGCGUUUGACAUUUGCCAAAGACUGCUAUCAGGGCAUACUUAUGAUUUUCUCCGAGCAGAGCUCGGUCCUCAGCAUACUUACCAAGAAUGUGGACAAUCGUCAAAGUCAAGUCUACAGAUCAAUAUGACGUAAUCCCAAACGAGUGGAUUGUCUCUUCCACCCUGUGCUUUUAUCCAGACAAAGGUAAAAGUACAGCCACUAGAUUGGCCAAGGAUAGAAUCAUGCCUGAAAGCGAUUGGGAUGACUUGGAAAUCGCUAUCGUGAGACGUGAUCUAGAAGACUUUGAAAGGGCUCUAGAAAAUGUAGUCCGGUUGGAAAAAAAUCGGAAGACUGUAACGAGCAGUGAAAAUGAAAGGAGAGGAAGAGGAAUGAGAAAAAAAAAACUUAAAAAAUUUGAUUACCUGGCUAGGUCAAGCAGUGAUGAUAGUGAUAUUGAAAGUGAUCAUGGUAAAGAGCAAGAACAGAUCCCCAUGGCCGUUUUACCCCUUCCACCACCAUCAUUCAGCACAAGAGUUGAAACUUCACCUCAUAUUGAAUGCCAACAAAAUUUAAAAAAAACUGUUGAGAAUCAACCAAAAAAGAACCAAAAUAGGCCACCAAACAGACUUACUGACGACUCGCCAACACCAUGCACAAUUUCUAAAAAACAUACCUGUAUCAGGACGAAAGGUCCGAAAAAUGAUUUUAACACAUUGGCCGCAAUGAUGUGUUCACUCUCUAGUGAAUUAACAUCAAUCAAAUGUAAAAUAAUGGAACUGAAAGAAAUUAUUAAAGAAGAGAAAAGCAGCCAGGAAUCUAAAGGAAGCCAGCAGGGCACAUAUGAAGAUUCUGACUUUGAUGACGACGAAGUAAAAGAAAUAUUAAAGCCAUUUCCCCUUACGUCGAUUGAAAGUUACAACGAAUAUGAAAAGAUGCUAGAUUCUCAGCCUCAACUCAGAAAACAGUUAGUGACAGCUUUUGUAUCAGUAGCCCGAAAAACAAGCUACUCUAGGACCACCACCAGCCUACUGAAGACGGUACUGCAUGAAAAUGUAAUUUCUCAUUUCACAUGGAGAGGAAUGAACAGGGCGUCACAUGACGUCAGUAGAAAAUCGUUUUCGAGCAGCACUCUAUGCCAAUUAAUACAACGUGCUGUCAAGAAGAUAUGGAGGAGUACGAUGUCAGACCUCUCAAAAAAAGUAGAUAACUGCAUGAACGCGUGGUUUAUUCAGAAUCAGCACCGGUUGAAAAAGGCUCAACUAAAUGGACAAUAAGAAGAAGCUGUGUGUCGUCACGAGUAAAACGGAGCAAGUUAAACUUGAUUCUAUAGACUGGAAUAAAACAAUUUUAUUAGUUAUUAUGAUAAUUUUAAGUCUUGUCUUUCUAAUAUGCCAGGGAUGUUGGUUAUGAGUUAUCUUUUUGUUUAAAUUUGUUCCUUGUAAUUUUUUAUUAGAGCCGCUGAUGGUAUUGUUAUAAGUACAAGGGUCAUCCACGAAAUAACCACCGUCUAUGCUAGAGAGAGCAAAGUACGAUCGCAUGUUCUGGUUUCAUAACCUAAAAACACAAAUUCUGCCAAGUGUCAAUUGUGUGGUGUAAUCAUAUUUCUGUAUUUGAAGAAUCACUGUGCAGCUAAAAUUCGUUGUGAAUUGUGUGUGGUGUAUGGCCCAAACAUUAUGAGUAAAAAUGUAGUUCGUCAAUGGGUUGGUUUAAAAAAUGGGAACAUCUCUCCCCUCCGGUAAUAAUCAAGUCUAAGAAAGGUUCUCCAUGUGAAAUGAUUCCGAUCCUAUUUUCGUUGUCAACAUUCAAGCAGUUGGAGAAUCUUGUAUUCCCAGUUGGUAUUUACAAUUGUACAAAGAAGCCAUAUGACUUUUCAUCUUUCUUAUGUUUUUUUAUUGAAGAGAUUAAUGACAUUUUAACAAAUGGGGAUUCAAUGAAUGAUAGACAUAUACAAGUUAGUCCAUGUUAAAAUACCAAAUAAACAUAGCGUUUCACAAGGUCCAAAUUUCACAAGGUCCAACGGUACAGUCUCGGCGAGAAGUCGCUGCAGAGGUUGCCAUGGUUCGGUAUGUAGGCACUACACUACCUAGUGUUGUUGCCACACGUCACAAAACAAUUGUGAGUCCGUAGAUACGUUGUAAAGAGUGUAAAGUAGUGGUGUUUACCCCCUCCGCAGCAAACCUGCAGACUAAUCGAUUUUCCAUUUCCCUUAUUUGAUUUACACUAGAAUAUCUCCUUAAAAUGAUCACAUUUAUUCCCUAUUUAAAUAGCAUUAGUUUAACAAGUACCGUACUUAGGUUUGCUACAACAGGGAGUAAUCAGUAAUCAGUAGUUGAGCGCCGGCGGACGGUGCCUGCUAUCUGACCGUGGCAACCACUGUAGAGACUUCUGGCCCAGACUGUACCGUUGGACCUUGUGAAACGCUCUGUUUAUUUUAUAUUUUAACGUUAGACUUGUGAAAUUUGGACAUUGUGAAACUGUGAUUAUUUGAAUGUUAUAGUUUUUGACUUAAUGAAAUUUGGACCUUGUGAAACGCUCUGUUUAUUUGAUUUUUUAACAUUGGACUUUGUGAAAUUUGGACAUUGUGAAACGGUGAUUAUUUGAAUGUUAUAGUUUUGGACUUUGUGAAAAUUGGACUUUAUGAAACGCUCCCGGUUUGAAAACCAACCUAUGCAAAACACAACACCCUUUAACACAAAUUCAAAAUCUCAAUUUUGUCAAUGAUUUGUUUCGUGACUAUAUGCAUUUGAUCUGUCUAGGAGUAAUGCCACAGCCACCUCUAAUACAAGGCCGCGGCGAGUGAAAGCGGCAACGUCGCAUCAGUGUCUUGGUGCGCGGUCGUCUUACCAUUACAGUGAAUGGAGGAGUCGCGUACCGACGUACAUAAUCGCAUUUCUACUACCUUUAAUCAUUAUUAAUGACAUUAAACUUCUUACUACAGCAUGCCAGAUAGAUGUGAUGUGCCUGGAUGCAAGAAUAAUUACGAUAGGUCAAUUAAAAAUGAAUAAUACAUACAGUGUUCUAAGAUUCUACGUGAACCGCCGCGUUAGUAACAAAAUUGCUUCCUGCUAUGCUUCGAUCAAAUUAGACAUCUUAAAAUAAUUCUCGUUAUUGUGUGAAACAUUUUCACGAAUAUGAACUUAAAUUUGUAAAAAAAAUUAAGAAUAAGACUUUGGUUCGUGUAAAUAUACACGUGAGAAGCGAGUUUUAGGUAUGAGAAAGCCGUACUAUUUCCUUGUUUAUUUGUCUAUCUAUUGAUAAAAGCUGUUGUUAAGUGAUUAAAUAACUUAAAUAACUAGCACUUCGAAGAAAUAAACCGGUGUUUCUAUUUAGUAGGCCUACUAGUAAAAAAUAUGUACUACUUUAUCUAACAAUUAAAGCAUUGUAUUCUCCGACUCCAGUCUGAAUGUUGAUGUUAUGAAACAAUUCUAUUAAUAUUGUGGAAAGCCAUAUGGAGGCCUAGCUUCUGAAAUCGUUUACAAAAUGAAAAACGUUUUGCUUAGUAAUUAUUCAAAGAAAAUAAAUUAUUUAUAGUAUUAAUUAUUUAUUUAUUAUUUAUAGUAACUGUGUUCCUUCAAAAUGAAAACUUAAAAUUUUGUUUUCGCUAACUAAUGUUUUUCUCAGGUAGACUAAAACGUAAUAUUCCUAUUGAAAAUUGAAAAUUAAUUUGUUUCGAACAGAUUGUUAUAUGUUAGUCUCUACAAAUCCCAAAGUCUCUACAAAUAUUGAAGUGGCAAUAAGUUAGUCAGUCCUACUGUAUUACCAUUACCAUUCUUGUUAUAGUAGCUUUAUUUUGUAAAAUUUAAGCACAGUCUGUCUAGUAGUUUUUACUAUGUUGAAUAACACACAUAUAUACAGACACCAUGAGAUUUUUAUAUAAUAGUGUAGAUUAUCAAAUUAACAAAGGAAAUAUGUAAAGUCCAUCUAUUUCCACAUUCAUCGUACUUACAAUACGAUAAAUGCAACCAAAAACAUUAUGUUUGUAUAUUUUUAGUUUUAGACAUAUUGGGGUAUGUUGCAAUUUUUCACUAAAUAAACAACCUAGAUUCCAAUUUUGUCUAUUUUACCAUACCUUAAAAUCUACUAAAAUAUGUUAUUACGAAUUUAAAUACUUUCAUUCAUUGAUACAGAGCAGCAAUACUCUCAUUGAUGUUCAUAGCCUAGCGCGUGUGAAGAUGGACGCAGAGGGGGGGUAAUUGCGGCGUUGCCAGUUCGAACGUCGCGGCCUUGUAUUAGAGGUGGCUGUGGUAAUGCCUAAAAUACUACUCACUUGGUGAUUUGGGCAGCCUAUUACAGCAAGAAUUUCAAUCAGCCAACAAACAAUUUUAGUUGUUUAGUUUUGGGUAGAAGAGUUGGUUGUUUUUUCUUUUUUCAAAACAAGUUCCAAUAUGAAAUAUUUUAGAUGAACCUCAGUUCAAAAUGGUAGAAUUUUUUAUGGCGGCACUUGUGUUUUUAGGUUAUAACAGAAAGCACAAUUACUAUGCUCUCUCUAGCACAGCAAGAAGCGCGCACGUUGAUGUGAGAAUGGCAGCGCUACCCCCACUACUUAUACUUGUCACGCCACCCCCUUACGGCAGUUACAUUGUGGAUGACCCUAGUAUUUACAGAAAGUUGGAUUUUUAAUCUGUUUUAUGGGUUUGUUCUGAUAUAAAUGUCAUUUCACUUUAGCUAAACCAUAGUUUAUUUGCAAUAUGGGGUUUGUCUUAUUGAUUAUAACUCCUGAAUAUUUUAUUGAAUACAUAAAUUUGAAUCCAAUAAAAUAAACAAAUAAAAAAUGUAUUUAAUUUUUUAUUAAAUUUUAAGCUAACUUAUUAGUCUUGCUAUUCAAAAGUUUGUAACUGGUGGGACAACCCUCAAGGGUGAGACACGACACAGUAUGUACAACUAUGACAUUUUCACUCAUUUUAAUGUGUUAAUUAAGACUAAAAAAAUUAUAGAGCUAAUAGGAGAGUUCAGCAGGUUAAACAGGGGAGUGUAUUUUAUUCAUCUAUGUUAAUUUUAUUAAUUGUGUUUUAAAGUAAAUGUUUAUUGUUUUUUUAAUGUAACUUUGUGUAUUGUGUUAGUAAAAUUUGGCUGAAUUUAAAUUGGAAGUUGCUAUUGUUUUAUGAAUUUACCCAGUAAAUUCUGAUUGGUUAAGUUUUUAAAUUGAAAAAUAUCAAGAAAUGGCUGAUAUAAAAUUGAAUUUUCUUUGUCAAAGAAUAUUUGGAUGGUUAGCUAAUUAGUUGAACUUGAUUUUGGAACUCAUUUAGUACCUUUUCUACUGGUUGUAGUUGUUAAGUUUUAAUUUGUGUUUGUGUAAAUUGAUGAAAUGUUCCUACUGUAAUUUGUUAGUGUAACUUGGCUAAAUCAUUGGAGGAUACACAUUGUUUAGUUAAUUUAGCUAGAAUUUCCAAUUCCUUAAGUUUUUAAAUUGAAAAAUAUUAAGAAAAGGCUCAUAGGAAAGUAAGUUUUCUCUGUAAAAGAAUAUUUUUGAUGGUUAGCAAAUUAUUUUAACUUGUUUUUGAUAUAGAGGAACUAAUCUUUUAUUUCAACUAUGAAUUCAUUUUAUUCAUGUACCGGUAUGUUGUUUAAAAUUUUAGAGCCCAGCUAUUAGAGUUGCACAUGUUCAAUUAGUUUAGUUGUAGUUAUAAUUUGUUAAUACUCAGUUUAAAUUAUCACAUUGGCUAAAAUUUAUUGCCGUUAAAUUUCAAUUUGUGGAUAACAACACAAGUUUUAUUUUUAACUUUGUCAACUUUUCAACUGGAGUGUUGGUUAGUAAUGCACUGUUACUGCAAUUGCUUUACAAAAAUUUAAAUCUUUAACCAAUCAUGUUAAUAGUUUAGUUUUUUAUGAACCUAUAUUCAGUUUUUUUCUGCAGUGAAAAGUUGUUGCUUUGAAAGAGUGUUUACCUUAAUGUAAAAAAAAAAUGUUUUUGAAAAGGUGGCUUGUGUGUACACUAUCUUACAAUCAUAACAAUAUUCAAAGUGACAAAUGAGAAACGUUAUAGUAAACAUAUAGCUUGGAUAUAGUUUUCCUUGUUUAGUUGUUGAAUGUAGACUUAGACUUUUAUUUAUUAAAUUUAAAAAAGUGAUUUCUUUAUUAACAGUGCAUUGCUAUUUAUUUAACACUCCAGAUGACAAGUUGACAAAGCUAAAAUCAAAACUGAAGUGUAUCCAGAAAUUUAAAUUAAAUGGGAAUUAAAUUAUAAGUUAAUGUUUUGAUUAGGCCUAUAUUAAUUGUUAUUAGCUAUGUGAAACAUUUUAUUUGUUCAUGAAUGACACUGUUCAAUGUACAAUAACUGACUUUUAAGUGAAUAAAGAAUGAUUGUCUCUUGA